GUUCCUGGAAGAUAGGAGCCACAGCUGGAAAGGUCUGGGUCCGAACCGUCGUUUCCUUUCCCCCGCCCCCCUCCCUUCCCACACACCUAGCCGUGAUCUUGUGCUCGGAGCUGGUCUUUGCCACUCUAUUAAGUUCCCAUGUAUACUCUUGAUUCCAUCCUCUGGUCUACAGGAAAAAGAAGUCCAGCAAUUGAGCAGAGGUCAUUCUUGUGGAUCAGGCAUCAUGGCUGCCUCUGCCCCUCUGAGAACCUUGGAAGAGGAGGUGACAUGCUCCAUCUGCCUUGACUAUCUGAGGGAUCCAGUGACCAUUGACUGUGGUCACGUCUUCUGCCGUGGUUGUGUCAUAGACAUCCGAGCACCCCCAGGGGGCCGUCCAGCAUGUCCACUCUGUAAAAAGACAUUUAAGAAGGAUAAUAUUCGACCAGUUUGGCAGCUAGCCAGCCUUGUGCAGAAUAUCGAGAGACUCAAUGUGGAAAAGGGGAGAGAAGCGAAGGAGAAGCGACCUGAGCCAAUGACAAUGAUGCAGUGUGAACGGCACAAGGAAAAACUACAUUAUUACUGUGAGGAUGAUGGACGAUUUCUUUGUGUAAUGUGCCGGGAGUCCAGGGAGCACAAAUAUCACACGGCUAUCCUCAUUGAGAAGGCUGCCCAGCCCCACAGGGAAAAAAUUUUGAGUCAUCUGGGCACCCUAAGGAGAGACAAAGAGAAAGUUCACAGUUUUCAAAUGAAGGGGGAAACUGAGAUUCAGCACUUGCUGACCAAACUCCAGAUGGAGAGGCAGAACAUUGCCUCAGAGUUUGCCCAGGGGCACCAGUUUCUGAGAGAACGAGAACAGCAUCUGCUGGAAGGACUUGAGGGACUAGAGCGAGAGAUCAUUGAGGGAAGAGAGAAAUACAAUGUCAGGACUUCUGGGGAGCUCACCAGGCUGGGGAUUGUGAUCUCAGAAUUGGAGGAAAAGGCCCAGCAGCCAGCAGCAGAACUCAUGCAGGACACCAGAGACUUCCUAACCAGGUAUCCACGGAAGAAGUUCUGGAGUGGGAAACCUAUUGCUCCAGCUAUUAGAAAAAGAACUGGAGAAUUCUCUGAUAAGCUUCAUUCCUUGCGGAAAGGCCUAAGGGAAUUUCAAGGGAAGCUGCUGAGAGUCCUGGAAUAUAAGACAGUGAACGUCACUUUGGAUCCUCAGACAGCCAGUGGAUACCUUAUAUUAUCUGAAGACUGGAAGUGUGUGUCCUUUACCAAUAUAUAUCAGAGUCUAUACCAACACCCCCAGCAGUUUGAUCCUGAACCUGCAGUUCUGGGUAGUAAGGGCUUCACCUGGGGCAAAGUCUAUUGGGAAGUUGCAGUGGAGAGGGAAGGAUGGGGGGAAGAAGAAGGGGAUGAAGAAGAAGAAGGAGAGGAGGAGGAGGAAGAAGAAGAAAAUGGAUAUGGGGAAGGAGAGGAGGACUGGGAGACAGAUGAGGAUGAUGAAUCGGGAGGAGAUGAAGAUGAAGAUGAUCUGGAAGAGGAUGACAUUGUUCAGGAGUCCUGUCUGGUGGGUAUUGCCAGAGACACUGUGAGGAAGAAGGGAGAGCUCCGCUUAAGUCCUGAGGAUGGGGUAUGGGCUCUGCGUUUGUCCUCUGCUGGUGUAUGGGUUAACACAAAUCCUGAAGUAGAGUUAUUCCUUGCCCAGCGACCCAGGAGAGUAGGGAUUGCUCUGGAUUAUGAUGGGGGUACAGUGACCUUCACCAAUGCAGAAACACAGGAACUUAUUUACACAUUCUCAGCAUCCUUCACAAGGCGCUUAGUUCCCUUCUUUUGGCUAAAUUGGCCAGGAACAAGUCUUAUUCUGAGACCCUGAAAGACAGAGACAUUCAUACACAUAGAUCCUCCCUUUGGUCCCUCACUUUCUUCAGUGCUCUGAUUUCCCCUUCACAGAGGCAAAUAGUUCUGGGAAUGAACAUGCUUUUUAUUGAAGGGAGAGAGUAUUCUCCUGGCCAGGAUAUCAGGAACAGGAGAGAGGAGGAUUUUCUUGCCUCCUGCCAAUCCUUAUGUCCUUAGUUUCCAUGGCUCCCAUGUAGACUUGUACCAGGGCUAGUUCUACAACUUGACCUGUCCCAAUUAUGACAUUUCUGAUGGUCUCCCUUCUCCAUGAGAUGAUAAACUUCACUAAGGCUCUAGCCUUGAAUUCCACUUAUUCAAGUUCUCUCUCUCAAAGUCAUUCCCAGUAUCAUUGGAGUUCUAGGUAAUUUUGAUGAUAAAAUCCAGGAGACUUGAAAAAUCUUUUUUCUCUCGUCUCCUGUCCCAUGCUUUUUCCCUUUUUUCCAUAAUAACCACCUACUCUUAUCUGAUUAGCUGCUUCUCUUCCCUCCAUCCCAAACCCUGCCUCUCUCCCAGUCAACCUUCCUCCAUGUAGUAAAGAGACAGUUUCCUCAAAACAUAAAUGAAAAUAUCUAUGGAAUAAAAUGGAAUUCCCCUGGUUUCUUUUAGACUGAAAGACUCUUAAGAUGUCAGAAGAAGAAAAGGGACUCUAAGGAUCCCAGGUGCCACUGGGGAUCUAUUUCUCUUAGUACUUAUUGAUUAUGUAAAGCCCUUGAGUGAGGUCCUGAAUGAAGUUCAUAGUCUGUAUUGGAUCGGGGCUUUGCAGAUGAGGUUCUCAAUGGUUAUCAAGGUACCAACCUCAAGUCCUGAUGUCCAGAUGUGUACAUAGACCCAUUUGACUUGGGGAAAAUUAUCAAGAUCAAUAAAUCACCUUUAUGAAUCUGUUCUUUUGAGUAUGUGACUGAGCCCAGGGUGUCUUAUUCCUGAGACUGGGUGUAGCACUUCUCACUUCAAAGGCCAGUGAAUUGUAGUAGGUCCUCUAUUGUUGCCUAUAGAUAGAAAUCCCCCUGGUCUCUGGUGCUUUUCCAAUCCUGACUGAGCUCCUCCAAAAAGGCCUUAACUUCUCCCUAAGAAGAGAUAGGGGAAAGAUAUUCAAGGUGCCUCAGAGGUCCACAAUCAGAUCUCCAGUUCUCUAUAUCUAUAGCACGAGAAGGGAAUAAAAUGACCACCUACCUCCUAGGGGAUAAAGUCCUGGCUCCUUAACUAAGCAUUCAUGGUCUUCCACAAUCUUCUGCUUAUUCAAAACCAAUUUUCAUGCCCUAACAAUCCAAAACAAACUCUGCUCCUGCCAAAUUACUCUAAUCAUUGUCUCUGCAGCCUCCUUACACACCAGAGUCACUGCUUACUCAUACAUUCACAAGUCUCACCUGGAAUAUCUUUUUCCCUUUCCUGUCAAAGUCUUUGAGAGGCCACUCCAAGUCUAACUCUUCCAAGAGGUCUUUUUCAAUUGCUUCUGCCCAUAGUGACUUUGUCAUUUCCUUUGUCCUGAUGUGUGUAUUCUUGUGUGUACCACGUGGUGGUAUUUCUCAGAUAGUAACUUGUAUUGUUAAUUAACAUGUUUCAUAUGUUCAUAUUCCUCCUCCUUCCUCCCCCCCACUAGACUGUAAGCUAUGGAGGGCAAGGACCAUGUUUCUCAUAUGCCACAGUGCUAGAUAUAUUGCAUUACUAGUACUGAAUAAAUAUUUGUCAAAUGAACUGGGUAAUGAAAAAGUAAUUUCAGUUGAGCUUUGGAAUAUGUUCUGUAUUUUGCAAUAUGCACAGUGGUGUAAUACAGUGGGUCUCAAAGUGCAAUCUGGGAUUCCCUGGGGACCUCAGUCAGGGGGUCUGAAAGGUCAAAACUUUUCAUAAUACUAAUUUCCAAUAUGGUAAAUAUUGAUAGCAAUAACUCACAUAAACAAAAGCUCUUGGAGUAGGGUCUCAGUAAUGUUUAAGAGUGCAUCUAGGUCCUGAGACCUAAAAGUUUAAUAACACUGAUAUAGAGGAUAAAAUGUUAGGUCAGGAAGACUACCUCCUAACAUUUACUAGCUAUGUGACUUUAGGUCUUUUUUAUAAAAUAAAGGGAAUUUCUAAGUCCUUUAAGAACUCUGCCAGCUCUGAUUCUAGGAUCACCUUUUCCCUUCUGCCCAAUACAUUUGUGCCAAAUUUGGAGCUAACUUGCUGGGUGAUUUGAGCAAAGGAUUUCCUUCUGAGUUGGACUUCUUAGUUGCAAAAUGCUGAUAUCUUAAGGUCCUUAGCUCUGUAGUCUUUCUGUGAUUCUAUUAAUUUUGGCUCUGGUUAAUUUACAUUGUCAUUUUCUUUGCUUUAUUGUAAUCACUUGCCCUUUCUAGGUCAUAGUUUUAUCAUUUUGUAGGGAUAGGACUACGUGGUCUCCUGAGGUUCUAAAAGGCUACAUGAUUUAUUGAUUUCUAUAUAAUUCAUUACUUUUGCACUCUGGGAGAAAGUAGGAGAGAGAACAGAAUUGUUGGAAUGCUUAAUUCCCAGGAAGAAUUUCUUUAAAGUUUACUCUGAUUUUCUGGCUCAUACUUAGCAGUGAUUUUCCAGGUUUUAAUUCUUCUUAACCGGAUAUAUUAUUUUCACUUGGCAACAGCUUAGACUUCUCAUUGGAGAAGGAAGCUGGGCAGAAUCAAUCCUAGGAUUGGAACCUUCACACAAGCCCCCUGGACUCCUAGACUUAUUACUCUUAAGUCUUGGUUCUGGGAAAGUGAUUAUGACACUGAUAUUGAUAUUGAAAAUGAGCAUGGCUGCCAUGUUUGUCUCAUAUGGUUUAUUGAUAUCAGGCAUAGACAUUGAUAAUGGAAUAAACAUUAUGAGAAGCAUAGGGAAUAAAUGACUUUUGGUAGAAGCAAAAAGGGUGUAAUGAGAAAGCAAAAUUAAUGAGUUAAGAUUGAGGAAAUGAUCAAUGAAAAGAGCUUUAGAACCUCACUGUAUCCAAAAUAAACUCUCCAGUUUAUUUUGUCACUUUUUAUGAACAACUGUAACUACCUUGCUUUUAAAGGCCUUUACAACCUAGUCCCAACUUAAACUAAUGUUUAUUAUAUACAUUACGCCCUUUUCCUUUUUUUGGUCAAAUUGGCUUUUUUAUUGCACUUCAUAUGAAACUCAUUCUCUUAUUUCCCUGCCCUUACACCGACUAUCUCCUAUGCUAAGAAUGCACUCCUAUUUCCCUGGUGCAUAGGUGCUUUGCUUCCUUUAAAACUCUGGGGUACCUUCUGCAUAGAUCCUUUAUUGAAUGCUCUUCCCUCAGAAGGUAGUUGGCCUCUUUCCCAAAAUAUAUUUAUUUUUUAUGUGGUUAUUUAUGUGCAUAUUUGUUCUUGAAGAGGACCAAAGGCAUCAUGAAGAUGAUGUCUUGACUUAUGCAUGAAUUGUAUUUAAGUAAGACAGAACUGCACAAAGUCCUCAGCCUCACUCGCUCCUCCAGAAUCACUGAAGUCCAGCAGCAAGACAAAAAGCAAGGUGAUUGGUAAUGUCCUGGGAUGCCUGGGCUCAGGUAGGUCUUACAGGGCAGAAUAAUUAAGCUGGAUUUGCCAGAUUUAGUCUCAGGGUUUGCAUCACCACCUGCAGCACACUCUGAGAUACAUUAGUGUCAGCACAUUGUUAAUUUUCGUUUUCAGCAAGAGAAUUCAUACUCUUGAAAUUGUAUGUUUUAUCUCCUCCAGUGGAAUAUAAAGUUUUUGAGGGCAGAGACUGUAACUUUUUUUUUUCUUUUCCUUUUAUUCCCAAUGUUUAGCACAGUGUCUGGUACAUAGUAAGGAGUUUGCAUUAAAUUCAAAGACUAAUAAAGUACUUUUAUGAGCAGAAAGGCAAAGUGAUUAAAAAAAAAAAGAUGAAGAGGAUAAUUCAGACAGCUAAAUAAAAGAUCAAAUGAUCUUUUUAGUAUAAAGUAAUAGGUUUUAAAAAGAAAAAAACAUCAUAUUAUGGGUCUGAGAAAUUAAAUAACUUAGUCUUAAGUUCCUGGUUUGGAGAAAAAGAAGAGAGAGGGAUUCCUAAAGAGAUUUCCUUGCGGAAAAGACCCAGACAGUUUGAAUAAUGUAUUUAGGGGAUUCUUGAUAAAUGCUGAAUUGAUUUAUGUGUGUUGGAAAAUUUUGAUCAUGAACUGAGAUUGGGUUGGAGAAGAAUGGUUUUUAUGAAGUUUACCUGAGAUCUAAGGUUAGACCAAGGCACCUUUAUCUUUUUUUAUUAAAAGAUUUUUCUUUUUUUUUUAUUAUAGCUUUUUAUUUACAAGAUAUAUGUGUGGGUAAUUUUUCAGCAUUGACCUUUGUAAAACCUUCUGUUCCAACUUUUCCCCUCUCCUAUCCCCUCCCCCAGAUGGCAGGUAGACCACUACAUGUUAAAUAUGUCAAAGUAUAUGUUGAACACAGUAUAUGUAUACAUAUCCAUAGUUAUUUUGCUGCUCAAGAAGAAUCAGACUUUGAAAUAACGUAAAAUUAACCUGAGAAGGAAAUCAAAAAUGGAAGUGGACAAAAACAGAGGGAUUGGAAAUGCUAUUUAGAGGUUCAUACUCAUUCCCCAGAGUUCUUUGACUGGGUGUAGCUGGUUAAGAUUUUUAUUUUCAAAACAUAUGCAUAAUUUUCAACAUUCACUCUUGCAAAACCUUGUGUUCCAAAAUUUUUUGCCUCCCUUUCCCGAACCCUUCUUUAAAUGGCAAGGAAUCCAAUAUAUGUUAAACAUGUAUGGUUCUUCUAUAUAGAUUUCCACAAUUAUGGUGCACAAGAAAAAUGAAAUCAAAAAGGAAAAAAUGAGAAAGAAAACAAAAUGCAAUCAAACAACAAUAAAAAGUUUUUCCUUUAGCCAAUCUGAAAGGUGUAUAGUGGUACACCUUUAUUUUCUCUGAUUCAUAAUGAUUUAGAGCAUUUGUUCAUAUGUCUAUAAAUGGUUUUAAUUUCUUUAUCUGAAAAUUGUCUGUUCAUAUCUUUUGACCAUUUAUUGAUUGGAGAAUGGCUUAAAUUCUUAUAAAUUUCAAUCAAUUCUCUGUAUAUUUUAGAAAUGAGGCCUUUAUCAGAACCCUUAGAUGUAAAAUUUUUUCCUUAUUUUUUUGCUUUCCUUCUAAUCUUGUCUGCAUUGGUUUUGUAUGUUACAAAAACUUUUUAACUUAAUAUAAUCAAAAUCUUUCAGUUCUUUGCUCACAAAAUACUUUCCUUCUUCACAGAUCAGAGAGGUAGAUUAUUCUUUGUUCUAAUUUGCAUAUAGUAUCACUAUGCCUGUAAUAUAAUUAUGUAUCACUAUGCCUAUAAUGUAAUUAUGUCUAAAUCAUGAACCCAUUUUGACCUCUUGGUAUAGGGUGGUAGAUGUAGGUUAGUGCCUAUUUUCUGCAGGGCACCUUUAUCAAGUCAGUUGAAGACAUAAGUUUAAACUAGGCAACCAGGUCUUUCCUUUUCAUUAAUUACCAAAACAGUGUUCCUAAUCUGAAAAUCUUCAGUGGCUCCACAUUGCUUAGGAGAAAGAAUACACAGGUCCCAGCCUAGCAUUCAAGAUCCUCUAGUUUUUAACUUCCAACCUAUUUUAAUUUAAUUACCCUUCAUGUAUUUUUCAUUGUACAUGAAGUAGACUGGUAUCAGUUUCCUGAUCUCUUCCUGUCAUCAUUUCUUAAGCAUCCCAACAUUCUCUGCCCCAUGCCUACAAUACCAUGUACUCUUCAGCUCAGAUGCCAGCAUGAAGAAACUUCUGGACAAUAGUUUCCUCUGCAGCUUCUCCCCACCCGUUUUCACAACUAGCUAAAAAUAAUCUACUGGACCUUUGGUUUCUUAGGGAUUUUUUUGUCUGGAUCUCUCUUUUGUCUUUGUUACUUUGUGCCUUAAAAUCUUAGCUGUUUGUAUACAUGUCCUUUGGUGGACAGGAUACUGGACUUGUAAUCAGGAAGACCUAGGUUCAAACUCUGCUUUGAACUUACUAGAUAUGUGAUCCUGGACUUCAAUUUCCUUGUCUUCAAAAAGAGGAAAUGGUCUUAGUCCCUUCUAGCUCUAAAUCUGUGAUCUCUUUCCAUUGUAUUAUAAGGUAAAGGGCAGAUUGUGCUUUCUUCAUCUUUUGUUUUCCCCUUAGCUCUUAGGUCAGUGUCUUGCACAUAGCAGGGUUCAGUAUUUGUUAAUUCUCUAAAAAGAAGAAUUCUGUUCCUGGCCAUGCCAUUUAUCUUUUCUUUCUAGAUAUUUAUUUCCUUGCAGUGAUGGAGAUUUUACAGCCUGGGGAGGUGAUAUUGCCAAACUACUAGAAAAAAAAAUGGAAUAAGAAUGGACUCAGCUGACACAGAGGCCAAGUAAGGAGAACAAUCCCUUAAGCAGAAAUGACUGGGAAUAUGAGAGAGAUUUAUAGAUCCUUUUAUCUGAAAAAGGACCACUGAGAAGAAGUGACCUUCCUAUCCUCCUACUCUUUAGUCUCACUCUGUCUUGGUAUAGUGCCUUGCAUAUAGUGGGUACUUCCAUAUUAAAUGUUUAUCAGUCAAUAUGCAUUAUUAAAUAUCAACUUAUUAUCAGGUCAAAUUGCCAGCAUUCACUGGGUUGUGGAGAACGCAUGGGUGUUCCAGAAAAAAAAAAUCCAUUUCAUUGACUACAUUAAAACUUGUCUGGAUCACAACAAAAUGUCUUCAAAGAGAUGAGAGUGCCAGAUCAUCUUGUUUCCUGAAGAACCUGUAUGCAGGUCAGGAAGCAAUAGUUAGAACUGAAUAUGGAAGAACUAAUUAGUUCAAGAUUGGCAAAGAAAUAUGGCAAGGCUAUAUAUUGUAACUUUAUUUAUUUAACUUAUAUGCAAAGUCUAUCUUAUGAAAUGCUGGGCUGGAUGAAUCAAAAACUAGAAUUCAGGUUUCUGGGGGAAAUAUCAGUAAUCUCAGAUAUGAAGAUACUACUUUGGUAGAAAAACAAAUUGAAGCCUCUUGAUGAAUUUGAAAAAGAUGUAAAAGUUAGCUUGAAGCUUAACAUUAAAAAACCCCAAACAAAUAGACAAGAUGCAUGGCAUCUGGUCCUAUUGCUUCCUGGCAAACAGAGGGAGAAGAAAUGUAAGCGGUGUUGGAUUUUAUAUUCUUGGACUCAAGAUCACUGCAGAUGGUGACUGCGCCAUGAAAUGAAAGAUGUUCCUUGGACGGAAAGCUAUGGAAAAUCUGGACAACAUACUAAAAAGAGGAGACAUACAUUUCUGACAGUCAUAGCUGUCAUAGCCAUGAUUUUUGUAGUAACAGUGUGUGACCAGCUAUAUGUGUGGUUGAGUAUAAGGAAAGCUAAGUGCUAUAGGAUUGACACUUUUGAAUUGUGUUGGAGAAGACUUUGAGAGUCCCUUGGAAAGCAAGGAAAUUGGUCAAUACUUAAAAAAAUUAACUCCCAACUAUUUGAAAGAAAGAAACUGAAGCUGAAAAAGAACUUGUUGCUGGAAAAGAUUGAAAAAAAAAGAGAAGGGGACAGCAGAGGAUGAAUUGGAUAAGUUUCUGUCAUGUAAGUAAUGGAUAUGAGCUUGAAUAAACUUGAAGAGGAGGAGAGAAGGGCCAUGAACCCUAUGGUUCAUGGGGGUCAUGAAGAAUCAGGAACAAUUGAAUAAACACAAUGUAUCAGGCACUGUCCUAAAGGCUGGGUAUUAAAAAAGAGACUUAAGGACAGUGCUUAUCCUCAAGGAACUUGCAAAUGAAUGAUUGGUUGCUUUGAUAUAUGUAUUGAAGGAGAUUUUUGGAAAAGACUUCCCAAGAAUGAGAGGAGCCAAAACCCAUAUGUCACCUAUGGUGAUGGAAAACUUCAAGAAAGACCUAUCCCAUCCUUCUUGCUUGGAUUAUCAGACCAAAUCCAUGAGUCUCCAGCACAGAAACAUCUUUUGUCAUGACAACCUCAUCACCAUAAGAAGCAGUAUCAGUUUUCCAUGACAAUAUUGUCCUGUCCCCUCCACAAGAAGCCAUAUACGAAACUUAGCUUUCAGCCACUUUGGCAGAUGACUGGUAUGGGGGGAAGGGGACUUCAAAAAGCUAAAGAGGGAUGAACUAAAAAUGUCCUCUGUUUGCGUUACAUAGGGGAAAACCUUAUUAUGUGGGCAGAGAGAGCCUUUAAAGGGCUCUAUGUAGGUUGAGGAUCCCCAGAACAUAAAGAUCCUAUAGAAAUCUUUAUAGAAGACACCAGUCCGCACUACAGGGUAAGAUAGUGGGUCUUUAGGGAAAUGAAUUGGAGUGUGGAGCUGCUCCCUCCCUUCCUCUUCAGGGCAAAAGGAAUAUAGCUAGAGUUCCCGAGUAAGUAGCUGGAGAGGCACAGGAUAAGGUGUGGUGAGGAUGGAAAAGUGAUUUGCCAAAGACAGAAAUGGUGUCUUAGAAUUGGGAGAGAUAUGUAAUGGGAAAAUAUUCUAUAGACAGUGGAAAGAGUUUAAUGAAGUGUUUAUCUUGAGGGUUGGCAGAGAAGGGAUAGAAGUUUAGUGAAUUUUGUACUAGAUUUGGGAAGGUGGUGGCAGUAAAAGUGCUAGUUUUACUUCUAUGAUUCGCCUUUAAUGAUGAAGGAAAUGAAAAGAAACUUGAGUUAGACUGAAGGAGUACUGUAAUAAUUUGCAUUAUAUAAUUCUUCAUAUACUAUUACAUCUGAGGUGGAAAGGGCAGGUGGUAUUAUUCUUAUUUUACUGAUGGAAAAAGUGAACCCUAAAAGAUGGAAUGAUUUCUCUCAAGAUGGCACACUAGUGAAUGCGGGAAAUGGUACUGAAGCACAGUUUUGUGAACUUUAUGUCUGGUGAUUCUUGCAGAAUAGAUAAUAUAUAUCAUCAUUUAAUUUUGUUAAGGUAAAUUUUGACUAGCAGUAUUAUUAAAACAUCAGGAAACAAAAACUUAAAAUGACAAAUUUUUGUAAAAAGAAACAGUGUGAUGGAAAGGAAAAGCAGCCCAUAUUUAAAAUCUUGGAACCUGUGUUCAAGUCUACUUGGGACCUUGUAGCAAGUCACUUCCCUUAUCCAAAAACCCUCAGGAAUCAGAAGAUCUGGCUUCAAAUCUGUGGUUGAGAAGUGUAGUUGAAACUGUUAGGGGAGAUACCAUGUGGCAUGGUGGAGUAGUAAGGAGAAAGACCAUGAGGCAGAGUGCUGGGACAGAUUGAUCCAAAGAUAGGCAGCAGGGAUGGCCCAUAAGUAGAUUUUAUGGGGAAAAUUUAAACUAAGGAUAACUUUUGUGACUGGAUGACCUCCUCAAAAACUAUUCUUUCUCUGCCUUUUCCCUACCUUCUGUUUCUCUGGGCUAACCACACCCAGUAUCGAAGACCUCAUCAACAUCAGCCACUUCCCUGCCUGCCAAGUAAGUAGAAAUCUACUGGUUCUGAGCUACUUGGAAUCUAAAGAUGAUGCAAGAUAAAUUCAGAUGUUAAUGAAUAAAAGAGAGUCAAAAAUCUAAGUCUUAUCUCCGUCCAGGAAACUUAUUUCUACUGAGGAAAGCAAUUUGAAGACUAUUAUCAUAAGAUAAUCAGGAGCAGCUAGGUGGCGCACCAGUCCUGAAGUCAGGAGGACCUCAGUUCAAAUCUUAUUUCAGACACUUACCACUUCCUAGCUCUUGAUCCUGGGCAAGUCACUUAAGCCCAAUUGCCUCAGCAAAUAAUAAUAAUAAUAAGAUAAUCAACAAACAUCUGUUGAGCAUACUGCAAUUUCUGGGCUUUGGGUUUGGUGCUGUUUUCCCAGGAUGAUGUUAGAGGACACAGUCUCAGAGAAUUUAUGGUCUAGAUGAGAAAAUGGAACACACACACUUGGAAAUAGCUCAUUUAAAAAAAAAUUAAGUUUACAACCUGACUCUAAACAAUCCUAUGGAAUAUGUUGGUAUUAUCCUCAUCCUUUUUUUUUUUUUUUAAUCUUUAAUAGCUUUUUAUUUACAAGAUAUAUGCAUGGUUAAUUUUACAGCAUUGACAAUUGCCAACCUUUUGUUCCAAUUUUUCCCCUCCUCCUCUCCCCCUCCCCUAGAUGGCAGGAUGACUGAUACAUGUUAAAUAUAUUAAAGUAUAAAUUAAAUACAAAAUAAGUAUACAUGACCAAACCAUUAUUUUGCUGUACAAGAAGAAUCGGACUCUGAAAUAGUGUACUAUUAGCCUGUAAAGGAAAUCAAAAAUACAGGUGGGCAAAAAUAUAGGGAUUGGGAAUUCAAUGUAAUGGUUCUUAGUCAUCUCCCAGAGUUCUUUCGCUGGGUGUAGCUGGUUCAGUUCAUUCCUGCUCCAUUAGAAUUGAUUUGGUUCAUCUCAUUACUGAAGAUGGCCAGGUCCAUCAGAAUUGAUCAUCAUAUAGUACUGUUGUUGAAGUAUAUAAUGAUCUCCUGGGCCUGCUCAUUUCACUCAGCAUCAGCAGCAGUUCUCCAGGCCUUUCUGAAAUCAUUCUGUUGAUCAUUUCUUGCCGAACAACAAUAUUUCAUAAUAUUCAUAUACCAUAGUUUAUUCAGCUGUUCUCCAAUUGAUGGGCAUCUAUUCAGUUUCUAGUUUCUGGCCACUACAAAGAGAGCUGCCACAAACAUUCGUGAACAUAGAGAUCCCUUUCCCUUUAAGAUUUCUUUGGGAUAUAAGCCCAGUAGUGACACUGCUGGAUCAAAGGGAUGCACAGUUUGAUAACUUUUUGAGCAUAGUUCCAAAUUGCUCUCCAGAAUGGCUGGAUGUGUUCACAAUUCCACCAAUAAUGUUUCAGUGUCCCUGUUUUCCCACAUCUCCUCCAACAUUCCGCAUUAUCUUUCCCUGUCAUAGCCAAUCUGACAAGUGUGUAGUGGUAUCUCAGAGUUGUCUUAAUUUGCAUUUCUCUGAUUAAUAAUGGCUUGAAGCAUCUUUUCAUAUGGCUAGAAAUAUAUCCUCAUCCUUUUUAGGAAGAAUUGAGUCUAGAGAGAGGUGACAAUUGACUGGUUCAGUAAAACUGGUAGUGUUAAGUAUUAGAAUCAAAUUUUGAAUACAGAUGUGCCUAUUACAAGACCAGCAUUCUUUCCAUUAUAACCCUAGUUGCUUCUUAAAAAAAGCAAAUUUUAAAAGAGGAGGAGAAAAGUCAGUCUUGAUUUUUGUGAUAUAAGCACCAGAUGAUGAUAGGCACCAAAAGUUGGGAUUCUGUUAUGUGAAGAAUUCACAAUAACCAUUCUCUUUGGCAAAGAUGGAAGGAUUCAUGUGUUGAUGUUCAAAGGAGAUCCAGAAAAGUUGGAGUUGCAGGCUAGUGUAAUAAGUUGUCUCAAAACAUUUUGCAGGCUUGGACCCAUGUCCAAAUUAAGAGGCAAAAUUUAUUAUAAUUGUAAUGCCAAUUGAAAGGGGCUGUUUCAAAAGAAUUUAGCAAAGGAUCUGGAGUAAGAAGAUAAAUUUAUAGGAAAAAGCUAGAGAUACCAGAUCCUUCAAGUCAUUGAUAUAUUAAUUUUAUGGCUUAUAGGUGGAUUUGAGGAGUGGUCUGAUGUGCGCCUUAUUAUUGUCUCAGAAACUUUGUUAUUAUUGACAAACAUAUUGUUGUUUUACAGCCAGCAAUGUUUGUGGAACUACUAGGGGAUCGUGGGGUUAUUGCUAUAUCUUCCCUAAAAUCUCGGGGAAGAAAUAUAUAACUACAUUACUCCUGAAGUCAGGGGAUCUUAGGGUUAUUGCUACAUUUCUGAGACCCAAAUUCAUUUGGAACAAAGUAAGAUUUCAUCUUAUGGAGUUGUGUCAGGCUGAUAAGGGUUGUGGAGCUGGUUCAGACUGAGGAGGGGAGAAACAUGACUUGAAGACGAUGACAUCCAGGGCAGGUAGCAGGUGAUAUUCAAGUUGAAUAAGAAGUUGGAAGUUCAUGGCUCUGAGUCUGGAAGAAAGAAAGCUCACAAGUAAUUUAAAAUGCAGGGACCAAAAAUGAGCAAAAAAAAAAAAGAACAAAAAUAGAGUUAUUAUGGGGGUUACAAGGGACAGUAACCAGAAACCCCACCAAGAAGAAGACUUGAGUACCCUCUCGGUAUGAAGCUCAACCUUCUCUGAGUUGCCAUCACUAGAGGCAAAAAGAUAGUUCAAGGCUAAUCAGUUGUCUAAAACCACGAUAGCAAGAGAGUCCAGAGAUUCUUGAAUUUCUUGGAGAGAGAGUGCAGUUUCCAAGGGACGAGUCAAGACCCCUAAGCCCUGGCUCCACCGUUCAUCAACAGAGUUCAGGCUUUUCUAAAUGAGGUAAGGCUAAUGCUGAGGCAGAAGUCGGUUUUGCUUUCAGGGUCAUAAAAGCCUUAGCCUGAUAAGGGCCCCAAUGGAGGGGAAGUGUGUCAGAGCCUUGAAUAGCUACAAAAUCAAGCCAUUCUCAGGAAAGUACACAGUUGUUUCUUUGAGGCAAAUUCAGGGAGUGACAAGAUGUAAACCGUACUGAAGAUGUUUCAGAUUUUGUUUCAAUAAUCAAUAGAAUAACAGUUAGGUCCAUAGAUAGUGUAUCAAUUUAGGGACCUAAUUUUAUACAGGUAUAUAUCUAGUUACUUACCUAAUUAUUUAGGAUGUAAUGACUAUAUAUUUUAAAGUUGAAAGUAACUUUAAGGUAUUUUUCUUUUCUUCUUUGAGUUUAAACUCAUCCUGGUGCAAGGACCAAUCAUUAUUAUUUCUAUAUAAUAAACACAUUCCUUGUUAUAUACAUAUCCCAAACAGGUUCAUUUCUCAGGGCUUAUGACCUUGCUUACCCUGAGGGUUUUAAGAAAACUGUCAAGCUUACAAAUUAAGGGGAGUUGACAGAGCCUCCAGGGAAGGGUUGAGCUUGCUGUUACCCAUCAUCAGUUUCUGUGAGCUGUGCUGUUUGAUACCUCCCCCCACUCUGUGAAGGGGGAAAAGGGUGCUGCACACCCUCAUACUUGAAAGUGAACUGAUAAGGCUUUCACCCCAUUCGUCUCAUUCCACACACAGUGAUUUCCAAUUUUAGGUUAAAUAUGAUGACAAAAACUCCAAAUAACUUGGAUAACAAUCUUAGAAAUAGUCUUAGCUGCAAUUUCCUCUUAAUUUUCUAUCAAAGGUGGAAAUACCGAAUUUUUAAGAUUGCAUUUACAAAACACUAAACAGGAUUAGUAAAACUAAAUAAACUUUCUACCUUCUUUUAGUUCAGUUUAUUCUGUCUCCAAUCUGUUGCAGCUUUAGGAAUUCUCAAGGAGGGUUCCGGCUUCCCCUCCUAUUCCCUUAAACAAGUCUCCCUUUUGUUUUAGGGAGAAAACAAGACAAUUCUUAAAAUUCAGAUAGAGCAGAACCUAUUGCUAAAAUGAAUAGGAGUUUCAUAUAAUUUACAGUUAAAUUUCCAAUUUUAACAUACACACUGCUUUAAAAGUUACUUUAAAAUUGACAACUUUAGCUUUUGAGAUUCCCUAAAUUCUAAUUAAAUGUUCCAGACAAACUGAAUUGUCAUUUAAUUAUUUUCCAAUUCACACAAAUCACUUCUCUUUUGUGAGCUAGGAAAGAGUUAAGUGUUGGUUUAUAUUGACAAGACUUCCCAGAAAUCUGACACUAGAUAAUGCUCUAAAAGCAGGCCGUUUGUUGCCAGUUUUAAAAGCAAUAGCGAAUUGCUUCUGUGUUUUCCUAAAGUUCUCAAACUUUUAAAUCUUUUGUUAACAUUGUCAGUGAAAAUAGAUUGCAACUUACAUAUCCCAUUAGUAGGUUUUGAUUAAAGUCCAUUUAAAACUGCUUUUACUAUCAUUUCUCAAAUAACAAAUUUCAUUGAAUUGAAUUUAUUUUCUGAAAGAUUUUUCUUUGUAUUAUACUCUAUCCUUGUACUCUUAGGGAGCCCAGACAUAGUAAUUUAAUUUAGUUGAAUUUUCUUCCAAAUUUACACACACACACACAAAUAUUCUUUAUCCCAACAUUGGCAUUGUAUGUUAGUCACAUCUCAAAACCCAUAUAAACUUGUCUAAUAUGAAGCAAUUAUAUCCACUAAAAAUUAACAUUCAUAUAGCAUUUGAUAUAUUAGCACUUUUGUAAUCAUGUGAUUCACAACCAUUAUUAAUUUUCUUUACAAAUCAGAAAACUGCAGAGAUAGAGUAAUUUGCCAUAAAUUACAUAGCUAAUACAUUUUUGCAAUUAAAGCAGAAUGGUGAGCUUACCAAAUGCAGAGGCUGGCUGCUUUCCCACUACAUACUUCAUACUGCCUUGGUGCUGCCAGAGGCACCCAGAUUCUUCCCAGUCAGUUGCUGGACAGAACUUGUUGAAAGGUAGAGUGGCUGGUGUCAGGAUCUCCCUUUGAUGGUAGUUUCAAGUACCAGGGCCCAGAGAAUGCUGACUUUGGGGCUCCAUCCUCACUUUCCGAAGCUGGAUUGGGGGUGUGUGUGCUUGGGCAAGGUGUAUGUGAGGCAAACUAGGAUUAAGCUUCCACAGAAUAGUUAAAAUUCAAUUCUUCAGAAACUAAGCAAAUAAUAAGAAGUACUGAAAAACUAAGUUUCCACAGUCUGUUGUAAGCCUCAAGGUAAUGUAAGGCAAUAACUAUCUCUGACCAUUGAGCUUUCAGGAGAAGAGAUUCAUUUGGCUUCAAACUUUUGAUGAAGAUGUCUAGGCUGGAAACUGGUUUAAACUGACUAGAUUCAAGGACUGGGAAAAGGCUUUUCUUUAUUGCACUUGCUUAAUAAUCCUCAUGCAUAUAAGCUGACACAUCCCAUAUAGAAUUACAACCUCAUUAACAAGAUGGGAUGUGUGACAAGGGAGGGGGAAAAUAUUUAGGAGUAGCAUGUAAGAAAUCAUGUUAUCCUAAGGGGAACUGACCAAUAUAUUCUUUGAGGGAAGGAACUGCAGUGAACUAACAGCAUAAAGCUUGUCUGCUUCUGUACCUAGAGCUCCCUCUUCCCAUCAGAGGUAGAGCCCGCUUCUGGCCAGAAAUGUCCAAUUCCUCUUGACUUUCUCAAUAAAAUUUCUAUGUUACCUGA